UUUUUUGAAAAAAAAAACCUAUUUUUUUUCUCUUUUGGUUUCUAAAAAUGAGUAGUAAUACUUUGAAUGCAUAUAUUGGUGGAAUUUUAGGAUUCAUAAUCCUGAUUCUUGAUCUGAUCGCUAUUUUCGAAAUUUUUCAAAGUGAUCGUGAACCACUUUGGAAAUUUAUUUGGGUCGUAUUUAUUCUCGUCUUUCCAGUAUUUGGUUGCCUUAUAUAUUAUUUCUGUUCAAAUCGCGAUAAGCAUAAGUCUAAACAUUAAUAAUCGCUUCUUUAAUAUUGUGAAAUACAAUGUUGUAAAUAGUAAAUUCGUAAAUAUAA